AAUCGUUGAAAUCAUGUCGGUGCUAUUGGAAGGAAGGUCGUACAGACCUUUCAAGUCCUCAGAGGAGUACCUAAUAGCGAUGAAGGAGGAUCUGGCGGAGUGGCUGAACGCCCUGUAUCCAGAGCUCAGGAUCAAUCUUGACAAUUUCAUGGACAGGCUGGACACGGGCGUCGCUCUAUGCAAACAUGCAAAUAACGUGCGGAAAUAUGCGACGGAUUAUGUGGCUCGCCGUCAAGCCCGCAAGAUGCCGAUGACACGCUCGAUAACUUCUCUGGCAUUACCGAUGAGCCAGGUGGGCGAUGUGCCCUACCUGCCGAACGCCAAGGCCGGCACCUUCUUCGCCCGCGACAAUGUCUCCAACUUCAUCGAUUGGUGCCGCAACAGUCUCGGCAUCAUCGAAUGUCUACUCUUUGAGACCGAAGAUCUGAUAAUGCGUAAGAACGAGCGACAUGUAAUACUAUGCCUGCUGGAGGUGGCUCGUCGCGGCGCCAAGUUCGGCAUGCUCGCGCCGUUGCUCGUGCAGAUGGAGAGGCAGAUCGACCGCGAGAUCGCCGCUGAGAACAAAGCAGCGAACGGCGCCGGCAAUGAGGAGAGUGAUGACGAGUAUGAGGAGGAGUCUUGCCUCAUAUACGGACCGCAGCCACAGAUCGUCACGAAUGAUCUCAAGACUCUCCACGAGUUGGUUCGCGACAUCGUAGAGGAAUGCACAUGUCCGACACAGUUCCCGAUGAUUCAUGUGGCUGAGGGCAAAUAUCGAAUCGGCGAUACCAAGGUUACGAUUUAUGUCCGGGUUUUGCGUAGUCACGUGAUGGUACGUGUCGGCGGCGGGUGGGAUACCCUCAGCCACUAUUUGGAGAAACACGAUCCAUGUCGAUGUAGAAACUCACACCGCUCGAUGAUCUCGGCGAAACUUAUUCAAAAAGCUGGUGGAUCUUUUGAUCUCGGGAACGCGCAGGUGCAUUAUGAACGAUCAUCACCUCCAAGGACCCGACGAAGUUCCGCGUCGAGCGUCGGUUCGGUGCAGAAUCUACAAUCGGCGCAGCUGCACGCACCACCCAGAAGCAUUUCCAGCAAUCGCUCGCGAUCGCCCACACCUCACCGACCGACAGCAGGCAACAAACAACAGCAUCAGCAGCAAUCGUGUGACGAGCAGAAGAAGCGCUCGAGAAGUCCGACGCCACAUAGAAAAUUGCUGGCGAGCCCGAAUCACCAGACCGACUUGGUGAAGCAGAGAUCAAGGUCGCCGACGCCUAGAGCGAAUCUGAGAUCGAGAAGCCCGACACCGCGGAAAAGCACAGAUUCGUCCAGAAGAAAUGCUAACGAGGAGGCACGAUCGCCAACAUAUUACGGAAAACCACAGGAAAAUGGACGAGAGAGUGGUCUUAAGGUGCCGGGCGAGUUUACGAAACGAUACGUUGUGGAGGGUGGCGUGGCACGCCGAGCCGUUGAGAAGGACGACACACCGAAGUACGAACCGUCCAUCUACAACUACAAGUGCAGUGAGGACUCGAGCGGCAGCCGCAGCCCGACGCCGAGCAAGGAGGAGCAGCCGGUCCUUGAAACUUUCGGCAAAGACACUACGGCGAACACCCAGAAGUCGCCGCACGGUGACGGAGAGCACUCGGACAAUUGCAGCGAGGUGUCCGACGAGGGUUACCGUAGUCUCGGUGCCGUCCAGUCAUCAACCGUCAACGGGAAUUCCGCCAGCACACAGGGCUCGCCCACGGUUGCCGAUUGUCAAAAGCAACCUCCAAAAGCGGAACCUGAGGAAAAAUCUGGUGUGGAAACUGAUAGUAUCGAGACAGGGCUGCGUAAGGUAGUUCGAAAAGAUAGGCUGAUGAGUCCUUUACGAGUUUCGUCCCCGUCCAGGAGCGUGGCAUCCUCAUCGACAGGCGACAGAACUCCUCGUGCCGGUUCCAUUGCGCGAGAGAACAGUAACUUAUCUAAAGCAUCAUCCGGUAGUAAAACGCCUAAAGACAGUAAUUCCAGUCCAGAAGGUAGCCCACUGAACCGAGGAGGUUCGAUUCGCAACAAAGUCAACGGAAGCUACGGAACACUACGAAAGUCAACGCCGACCGGAAGUCUCAGUAAGGUGUCGCCAGUAACUGCAUCCAAGUCCUCCAAAGCGCCAGUCGGUAGUAGUGCCACAUGGAAUGGUCGACAGACCAAACGAAGAGCCAGUAUUCAGUCGGACACCUUCUUAGAUCCGAGAUCUACACCAGCCACGUGUGUCACGACGCCGAAUUUCUCACGAAAGAGUCCGGGUAGACAGAGUCUGCAAUCCCGGCCAAGUCCGAAUUUAGGUAUCCAAUAUGAUAGAAAUGGCAGGAGGAUCAGGACUUCUACUAUGGGCACUGCUUCCCUCCAAUCAUCACCCACUAAAGUGACGAAUCCGUUGCUCGAUCAGAUCCUGCAGAAACUGGGCGACUUGAAGGACGAGCGACAAAUGGUGCAAAAACUACAAGGCCUCUUGAGAGAUUACCAGACUAGCACGACCGACGAUGUCGUGGAUAUGGAUUUUGCCAAAGUGUGGAUGGAUGGUAACGGAAUGAUGACAGUACCGCAGGACAUUCAGGUAUCAGUUUCUCCCAGAAAGGACCCGAAACCCCAAGAAGGAUGUUCGAGGAUACCGAUACCUCGUGCCCUCUCCUACAAAAGACCGAUGUCCGUGGCAUCAGACAGCGUUUGAGGGUGGUUCUUCUCUUUAGCCACGAGGAUCGAGAUAUAUCAGGUAGCCUUCGCGUGUUAGGCUAAGUUAGACUGAUCAAGUAGGUGUUGAUGACAAUGAGGGCAGGCGCGCGCGCAUAAGUAAUUGCGCUUCUUGUCGUGCUUGAUUCUUAAUUCGAUUUGAUAGAUAAAGUCGGACGUCUUGAUCACAAGAAGGAUAGGAAUAUAUUUUAUAGUUGAAUAAGAAAGUAUUUGAAGAAUUCAAAGAAGAUAUAGAUUUGUAAAAGCGAUGAGUA